UUUAUAGUUUAAAAUGUUCUGUUUAUAGUUUUGAGAUACGUUUAGAUACAUUGAAGAUUUUUUCUCUUGGUUACAUUUUGUCUAAAGGGCUAAAAGUUUUCCUCAAAUGGUUAAAAAAAAAAUGAUUGUAGACAAAUUUCUGAAAAAGAUUGAAAUAAACUUGUUAGAUAAGAGCUCAAGAAUCUGACAAGAUGGUGACAGAACAAAUCAAGCAACUACUUAAGAAUUAUAACCGCAAGCUUAGGCCUCAUUAUAUAGGAAAGCCAGUCAUGGUAUUGGUGGAUGCCACUAUUAUCUCUUUUAGCAAUUUAGAUGCUAUUGAUAUGAUGUAUACAAUAGAUAUGUUCUUCCGACAACGCUGGUGGGAUCAUCGUCUAGCACAUAAUUUAAGUGAACCAAUAACUAUUGCAAUAGGCACUAGCCAUCCAUCAAACAUUAUUUGGACACCAGAUACAGUAUUUAUGAACUCAGUUACAAGUGCACUUCAUCACGUUAUUGUAGAAAACCACAAAGUUGACAUUUAUCCGAAUGGAACAGUAUUCUGGGGGACAAGAAUAACCGUGUCACCAUCCUGUACAUUGGACUUAAAAGCUUAUCCAAUGGAUGUACAAAUAUGUGGUUUUGAAAUUGUUAGCUACACUUAUGACUCUCGCCAUCUUAAAUACGACUGGUAUUGGAAACCGGGAAUCGAAAUUAAAGAAGAAAGCAUGCUUGAGUUUAAAUUGACUGAUCAUAAAACAAUAGGAGAAGAAAGAUACUUUGUUGCAGGAAACUAUACAGUACUUGAGGGACGAUUUAGGUUCAAAAGACUAAUGGGUUUUGCUAUAACACAGGUUUAUUUACCUUCAACAGUAAUUGUAACAGUUUCAUGGGUGUCUCUUUGGAUUAAAAGAACAGUUAUCCCGGCCAGAGUUUCUUUAUGUAUUACAACUGUUUUGACAAUAUCAACAAUUUGGGGUAAUGUAAACGCUCAGUUACCGCGUGUCAGCUAUGUAAAAGCUAUCGACGUUUACCUUAUGACAUCAUUUAUUUGUAUUAUUUUGACACUAUUGGAGUAUACAAUUGUUUUAAAUAUACCAGAUAUUAUGAAGAAAGUUCGAAAUAACCCAUUAUUUAGAAAGCGGAAAAUGGUUAAGGACACUUCAAACAACAUUCAACUGUUACCAAGAGCAGUAAAUAACGAAGAAAGUUUAAAGGAAGCAGAGAAAAAAAAAGAGCAAAAAAUACAGCAAGAAAACAUUGACAUAUGUAAUCGCAUUGAGUUUCUUUCUCGCCUCUUUUUUCCUUUAGCUUAUACAAUUUUUAACAUAUUUUAUUGGUCAAUUUAUUUAAAAGAAGAUUUAAAAACGCUGGAAUAGUUUUUUAAAAUGUAAACAAAAUCGACAAAAUUGUAUUUAUUAAAUUUUUUAUAAAUUUUCCUCAAAAAUUUUUACUAUAAACUUUAAUUUUUGUCAAAACCUUUUUUAAUUGUAAUUUUUUUAUUGUAAUUAUUUUAUAAAAAGUAUUGGUUCCUCUAAUAAUAGAUUAUUUCUUUUUUCUUAUUUAAUGUAAAUUAUUUGUGUUCGUUUUUCUUAUUUAAUGUAAAUUAUUUGUGUAAGUCUGAUCUGUAUGUUGAGUUUUGCCGUCGUCAGAGGCGAUUUUAUCCUCGGUAUUUUUAGAAACACUAUCGUUUCAAGUCAAUCAUAUUGAAUUUUAA